AUGGAAACCCAGCAACCCUCAGCAAGCGAAAUCGUUUCCACUAUUCAGAACGUGAUCUCUACGGUUAACCUGGGCUACAAGUUAGAUCUUCAUCAAAUCACCAUAAAAAUCACUGUGAAGGCUCAAAACGCAGAAUACAAUCCCAUGCGUUUGCAUUCCGUGAUAAUGAGAACGAGAGAGCCAAAGGCCACAGUUUUGAUCUUCGCCUCUGGGAAAAUGGUGUGCACCGGUGCCAAAAGCGAGGUGGAGUCGGAACUCGCAGCUAGGAAGUGUGUACGAACCAUCCUAAAGAUGGGUUUCGACGCCAAGUUUAAGGAUUUCAAGAUCCAGAACAUGGUUGCCAUCUGUGAUGUCAGAUUUCCGAUCAGACUUGAAGGUUUGGCUUAUGCAAACCCUCAGUGUACGAGUUAUGAGCCGGAACUUUUUCCGGGGCUGAGGUACCGCAUGAAGGAACCCAAGAUUACUCUUCUUGUAUUCGCGUCGGGGAAACUUGUAAUCACAGGUGCAAAGCACAAACAAGACAUCCAUAAGGCCUUUGAGGUCAUACACCUUGCCCUUGGAGAGUUUAAGAAACUCAUCGACGUGCCGAGGCCGAUCGGAGAAGGUGAUGCCGGCAAUGACGAUGGGAUGAUCGGAGGAUCGGACGAGGUAGAGGUCUCGUCGUUCAGAUUUGAAGAUCUGAGAUCGAUCUAUUACGGCUCGUCGACGUUCAGGUCGGCUCCAGGCUUCGAUGAGAUUGAGGACACGAAGGUGGCGGCGUUGCUAUCAGCGGCGACGAUGUGCCGAGGAUGA